AUGCCCAACCAGCUAUCUAUUCCCUUCAAGAAGACGUGGGAAGUCCAAGUCCGGCAGGCAGUGCGCGCAUAUAUCCUCAAGAACUACACUGACACACACCCGGACGCGUUUCGAUGGGACGUCAACCGCUGGGAGACGCUUCGUAGGGAGGCAGUAGGAACUCUGGUCCAUUUCGAUCGCGUGAAGACUGUUGUCGGAUACCAUGCACAGCUUGUGUACAUCCUCACCAAGCUGCCUGCUGAUAUUGGGCUGGAAAUACCCUAUGCGCCAGCUUUCAACCCUUCUGCUCUGCCGGAAACCCUAUCCAAUUUAGUCUUUGAACGCGCAGUCGUCCUGUUCAACCUUGCUGCUCUAUACUCCCAACUGGCUGGUUCAGAAGAUCGAUCAGGUCCCCAGGGUCUAAAGCAAGCGAUAUUGCAUUAUCAGGCAUGCUAA